AGUAGCGUCGUCGUCAUUAUCAUCAUCAUUUCCCCCCCCCCCCCCCCCCGCCCCAACGAAAAAAACUCUCCCUCUCUCUGUCCUUUUCUCUCUCCAAAACUACCAAAACAGAAAAGGCACCAGCUGAACAAGAUAUUCGAUCUCAGAAUUCAAGUACCUCUAGAGAGAGAAAAUUCUCUUAGGUUCAAGAAGUGGUCGAGAGAGAGAGAAUUGUGAGUGUUUGGAUCAAAAAAUUACGUAUCAUGUGCAACUUUUGAGAGAAAAAAAUGGGAAAGUACGUGAGAAAGUGUAAAGCGAUUGGAGAGAUUGCGGUGAUGGAGGUAGCACAGGUUGGUGUGAGGAUAACUAGAGCUCGGGCGGCUCUUGCCAUGGCGGCGGCGGCUACCAGUAGUUCUGGGACGGCGAAAAGAAGAAAGGCUAGCAGCGGGAAAUUGGAGUUCUCUGCGUCGUUUGCUCAGCUAAGACGUCGCCGUCGAGUCUUAGUGACGCCAGAAAAUUCGGCUUCGCCGGCAACGUCGGGGAAUUCGAGGAGACAGACUACUUCGAAUGUUCGGUCCGCAAGCCCUACCUCCGAUCACAUUCUCACUUCUUGUUGUUCGAGUAAUGGAUCAGGCGAGCUCACCAACGAAAGAGUAAAAUUUGUAGAUCUGGAGGAGGAGAGUGCUGAAAUUGAAAUGUCGACGUAUGAAUCCGAUAGCAGAGGAAGAGAAAGGAGAGAAGCAACACCGGCAAGCGAGCUUCAAGUGGAAUCAGGCGAACUGGAGUCAACGGCGACACCUUCAGAGGCGAAUUCUCUCCGCCGGCUAACCGUCGAGAAGAUGCCUUCAGAGUCUGAACUCGAAGAAUUCUUCGCCGCAGCAGAGAAAGACAUCCAAAAACGUUUCACAGAAAAGUAUAACUAUGACAUCGUGAAGGAUGCGCCCUUGGAAGGACGCUACGAGUGGGUUCAACUAAAGCAGUGAAAGAGAACCUCAAUGCUGAUUGCUACAACAGCGACAAGAAUUUUCUAGCUGCUUUUGGGAAUAAUAAAAACAAGUAGUACCACUAAUUUAAUUUCAGAUAGCUAUUUUUCAUGACUUUUCUAGUUUUUGCUAUAUCUUGUACAGGACACUAGUUCUGUUAGCUUGUGGGUUCGGGAUUUAUGCGGAGAAAGCUAGCUUCUGCAAAAUCGAACCCUGUGAGUGGAAGAACGAACCGUUAAAUAAAAGCUCUUUGGUCAGUUUUUAGCCGUAAAUUUCUGGUGUCUGCUUCGAUAGACCAACGUUUCAGUUAACUUACAUAUGCUAGUUUUCUCUUUCUCUUUUGCACUCUCUUAAUUCUUCCUAUAUAU